AUGCAAAGAUUUCUCGAACAGAAUCCAAAUUUGGUGAAGUUUUAUCAGCUUGCCAAUGAUAUUGCAAGCAAAAGAAUCAAUCACCACACCGCGCUACAGUAUUACAAGACGAAGGAGGAUGUGGCAUAUCUCUUCAAAAUAGAUAAUUGGAAAGUGCUUGGUGAUGUAAAGGGGACGUUACAGAUGAUAACAAAUGACGCAGGUGAGGAUGAAAGGCAAAUACUCGAUUUUUUGUUAAGAAAAAAACGGGUAUACAAGUCGGCUUUGAUCGUUAUUCUGUGCAUUCUUAAUUUCAAGUUUGUUGUUCAUACGAGAAACCAAAAAAGUCGAAAAAGAAACAUGUCUACGUACAAAUUUAAGUUUGAAACUGUUGAAGAAGCCUUUCUGUACUACCUGUACAUCGUUUACAACGUUGAUAAAAAGUAUAUCAGCAUUUUACAUGGGAAGAUCAAGCAACUGCCAUUAAAAAUGGCGCUUGUUGCCGCGUAUUCGUUGAAAUACGACGAGCUAAUGAAACAUGUACUGGAUAGAUGGCAAGAGGAUCGUACGGUGCCACAGUAUGUUUUUGAGAUAUAUGAACCUUCCUAUGAGUACAUUGCCUCUAAAAUGAUAACCUUGUCGAAUAAAGAGUGGUUAAAAAUCCUAAGAAUAGUGAACAUAGAUAAAAUGAAAAUUGCCAGAUCAUUUCUAGGGAAAUGUAUGGCGGAGUUCAUGAGAACAAACGAUGAGCGCCUCUUGAAUCGCAAUUUGCGCUUCAGUGAGAUCUGUUUGGAAGUUAAUAUGUCCGAAGAUGUGUUCAGAAAUCUUGAAAUGAAUAGUUCUAGCGGUUCAAAUAGGCAAGAAAAGACUGCUAAAGCUCAAAUAGAAAUAAAACCUGAGCAAGUAAAAAUAUAUGAUGGAAGAAACCCUCACGCGAAUCAAGAACUCCAUUUCAGGUCUUCAAAUAUUUGCAUUAUGAAGAAAAUAGUGUAUGCAUGGCUAAGAAUAUUACUGGCAACUAAUAAUCACUUGCUGUUUAUAGAUAUUUUUGAAAAAAUGAAAAAAGGUACAUGUACGGAAUAUACGAUACUUGAAAACAUAUAUAAUAAGAUCAUGUGCAUUUUUAAAGGUAUAAAUCCCAAUUUUGGUGAUCUUUUGGAUAAGUACGAUGAAACCAACGAGUUUUCACCAAUUUCUUUUUCAGAUUUAGGAAAAUAUUUAUGUAAAAUACAAAUAGUUUAAGUAAAGUCC